AUGUUCUGCAGCUCUUCAUACCAAUGUACAGAGCCUGAUCCUUCGAAAGUUCGUCCCGACAGAAGAAAGCUAAGAGUAAGAUUCUGUGAAAUGUAUUCAACUAAAUAUAUUUUUGGUUUCAGAUUUGCACACACGAAACUGCUGGUAAUCGAGAUGAAGGAGAUGGUGGGCGGAUGUUGUGUCUGCGCAGAUGAGAACGGCUGGACUGACAAUCCAUUGAUCUACUGCGAUGGAGAAAACUGCGACGUCGCCGUACAUCAGGGUGAGUAUUGCAUUUUCUCGACACUUUAUCUUCUUGAAGUUCAGGAUGCUACGGAAUUCAAGAAGUACCCGAAGGCGAAUGGUUUUGUGGAAAGUGCACGUCGGCAGCCGCAACUGUACCCGGUCGAAUAAAUGAAGCGACGUACUGUUGUCAACUGUGUCCUUUCGAUUACGGUGCCUUAAAACCUACGGACCGAGGAGGAUGGGCUCAUGUUAUUUGUGCUCUCUACAUUCCUGAGAUUAGGUUCGGAAAUGUGCACAGUAUGGAACCAGUCAUUCUCUCCGAUGUGCCUUGCGACAAGUAAAUUUUUCGAAUCCCCAUUUUCACAUAGUUAGUUUUGCUCUUAGAUUCAACAGGACAUGUUACAUUUGCAAUGAGGAGCGACCCGAAGAUGCGAAGAAGGGCGCAUGUAUGUCGUGCAACAAGUCGACGUGCAAAGUUUGUGCCCAUUUGCUCUCGAAAUUCGAUAUGAAACCCCCUUCGUUUCAGAAGAGUUUCCACGUGACAUGUGCGCAACGAAAAGGGCUUCUAUGUGAAGAAGGAUCGGUCAGUCGCAAUGUGAAAUACUGUGGAUAUUGUGAAAGUCAUUUGAAAAAGGCGGUACGUUCAUUUUCUCCAUGUACAUUAUACUGGAUAGACGCAGGCGACUGCGCGUUGCCUUCUUCUCCUUCUUAUCUUCUCUUUCUAUUUCUUCUGCGUUCUAAGGCGUUACUGUCGAAUUGUCGUUGUUGUUACUGUCGAACUGUCGAAAGGAUGAAAAGAGGGUAAUGGAGGGUUUGUGGCGCUGGUCGGGUGCAUUGGUGCAGAUGCAGUGGCACCAGUCUAAGACGGAUAGAUGAGUCUAUCAAAUAGAAGCAAGAGACUCGAAAUAAAUGAAUACAAUUGGAUGCCUCCUUCUCUCUCUCUCUCUCUCUCUCUCUUUCGUCUCGUUCAUGGCCGUUUGCACGCGGACCACCACACGAGCCUCUCUUCUGUCGGCCGAAUGGCAACACUCGGCCUCUGGAGCUCGCUUGCUUUCUGCUUCUGCGUUUCUCCUUUCUCUCUUUCUUCCUCCCUUCCGUCUCGAAAGAAAGAGAGAAAGACAUUAUUGUGGUCGAAAUACGCGCGCCGUGGCCCGCGUGCUUCCACACAUUCAUUCAACACAACACACUCGACAGCGAGAAUGAAAGAAUGGGAUUGAAUAGAGAGAAACGAGAGAAGACUCGGGAAGCAGAGAGUGCACGCUGGGGAGACGACGUGAGCGAGGGACUGCGCUGGUGAGAUGGCUGGCCGGCCGGCUGAGUGUGACAACGACAAAUAGUGCUCGGGGGCACUGCGACGGCCGUCGAUUGGAGUCGGAGAGUGCGGAGAUCGAGACGACGAAAGGAACAAAUUGGAGGCACAAGAUAACGCGAAAGUGGAAAGAGAAAGAGACGGGCAGAGCGUUUUAGACACUCGCAUUCGGGCUGUGCUUUUUGUAUGCUGCGAUUCCUUCUCGUUAUGUAACGUAGUCUCUGCUGUUGGUGGUGGUGGAGACAAGGGCUCGCUCGCCGAUGCUCUUCCUGUGUCGAGCUCCCGCCGUCUCUCAUAAGCUCAGAACUCGCUUACGUCUGCGUCGUCGGACACUAUUCCCUAGACUUGGGUGGCCGUCGAACCUACUGUUGUCUGGUCUGCGCUUCUCCCAUUUUGCCUCUUUGUUCGGUCUUUUCGUCUUCAGCACACCAUUGAUAUUUUUCAGCGUUUUGUAAAGCUUCGUUUCUACCGUCUCCCUACUACGUAGUGUCAUCAUAGUGCAUCGAAUGAUGACUGUCUUUCUGUCGUGUCGUCAUCGCCUCUUUACUCUCCCAAGACGGUGCCACACACUGGUGGUCGGUCGCCCGUUUCGUUUUCCGAACCUGCGUUUCUACAUUGUUCGUAAUCUCUCCAUGCGCUUGCCUCGUCCCGGUCGCCUUACGGUCGCUGUGUUUGAUGUCACCUUUCUCAUCUCCGACGGUUUUUUGCCCGAGACGCUCCUUUGCUUUCCUCUUCGCUCUUACCUCGUUUUGUGGUCACUUGCGGAAACUUGAAAACAUCCUAAGAAACGAACUUCAGCAUUUUGUUUUACUUCAUAGUACAAUCACAUGUUCUUAUUGAAUUUGCUUGAAGUUUCUUAUCCUGAGACUACUACUAGGGCCUCAAUUUUGUUCCUAUACAUUUAAGAUCCUCCGAUUCGUUCUUUUCUGUCUCCAUGGAAAGUCUCCAUGCAAUCAUGCGUGCGCACCUCCGAAUUCUCUUCUCUAAAUCGCUUUCCCUGCUACUCUUAUUCUCUUUUUUCCUCACGUUUCUGAACAAGAAGACGAUAAAUCAUGUGCCCCUAUUGCCCUUCGCGCGCUCGAUUUCGAAUCGUACCGACUGGACAUAGGGUUGGGGGAGCGGGUCGUCCAGUCAUCGUCGCCGCGUCCUUCGCAGGAUCGUUUCGCUUCCUCCGCAGCACAACUUUUCGCUUUCGGGGUGGUGGUUUUACUCGCUCUUCCUUCUCUAUCGUCUCCGUCGGUGCACACCCUCGACGCAAUCGCUCCAUCGCUUUUGCGGGCCAAAAUGUUUGUCUGCGUGACUACCUGCCUCCUUCAAUCAAACAGUCUCUAUUCCGUCGCGCUCGCUGGCGCUCUCUUCCGAUUCGAAGACUCUGGUGAAUGAUCGGUGUCCUCUGCACAGCCCCGAUGUGAUGCUUCUGUGUUUCUCAUUUUUGUGACUGCCUGCACGGCUUUCUGCGUAUGUGUACGUGUCUACGCAUUAUGUGUCUCCACAGCAGCGAGAAGCGUGCGACUGUCUGCGUCCACGCUAUCUUUUUCUUUCUCUUCUCCGAUGGCCCAACAUUUCUAACGACGGAAAAAAAGGACGCAAUCGACACGAGAGAGACAGACAGAAAAGAGAGGGAGAAGCGCGUGCGGAAGAGACACAGUGGAAGGCAGCAUAGGCGGUGGCCGAUCACACUUGCAUACGCAUACACACAGUCAUUCACAACAUUCGCGACAGCAGGCAAAGCGCACGGUCUCGCCAUUUGGCUGGCUGCCAACACGGUCGCUGGUAAAAUAUACGUUUUCAUUUUGUGAAAUUAAACUUAAGCCUUCCACGAGUCUCACAGACUUCAAAUCUUCCGUCGGAUGCAGUUUUCCUUCUUAUUUUGAAUUCUAUGGAUGAAAGAUUAUUCUUCUCCGGAAACCGGAGUUCGAAUACUGAAUUCCGGAGAAAUUCGGGAGGAAAUUAAAUGAGAUUCUACGUGUUUCUUUUUAUCCAUCAGUGGUAUUGCCUCAUUUAGAAACUGUCUUUCGUCACUGUAGAAAAGAACUGGGUCAUAGCGGUCUCUCUAUCUCUCGCUUCUCUGCAGUUUUCUGUCCUAAUGCUUCCUGUUCUUCUCGAUCUUCUUCCUAUAUUCUCUCUCACGCUAUCUCUUCUUUCCCGUCGCCUAUUUCUCCUCGAGCGCGCAAAGUCAGUAAAUAUUUAGAAUUUUCAAUGAACUUUUUUUCAGAUUACUGAUCCUGCGAUCAAAAUUAUUCCGGCUUGUCCUCCCGUUCAACGGAUCGCAAAAGAUCAGGAGAAGAAGAAGCAUUUGGCGAAUCUCCUACCGCCGCCGCCACCAAAGUCUCAUAUGCUCGUCGAUCCUUUGCCAAGGCCCGAACAAGUGAACAGUGUCUUCGGACUCGGUAAUCCGACAGGGAACAACCCUGUCCCGCUGCAAGAACGACCUGAGUCCGUUUCUCUACCGAAUUCCGGUACUUUCGUCCCUCCGCCCACUGCAUUCUCUCCACCUCUGACGACGUCGAGUAGGUCUUCUGUUGCAUUGGAACAGACGCCUCCUCUCGCAACGAAGACUAUCAUCUCUUCUGGUCCAUUGAUUCCUUCAACAGUUCUAACUUCAACACCGGAAUCGAGCACUUCAAGUAUGGCGAACGGAAGUUCGCUCCAAUUGUCAGAGACGACUGUCGGGAAUCAUUGUCUGCAGCAGCUCCAACAUAUACAGGCAGGCACAGCGUCUGCACCUGCCCCUGUGCAUACGACUGCUUCCACGUCUGUACUGAACGAGCUGAACGGAUAUCCGGCAGCGAGCCAACUUUCCAGCUUUAUGGUGCGUUGUGGACUCUCAGAUUUCAUUAAUAGGGCUAAUCAGUUUCAGCACGAAAUACCGGCUAGAAAUACGACAAGCGUCGCCAGUUUGUUACCUCCGGGAGCAGCAGAGUAUCAUUUAAAUGGAAGCGGCGAUGAAGAGAAGACUGUCAAAGCGGUUUUGACGGCACCGUUGGCGAAGGCGAAAAGGAUGAGGGAUUCGAAAAACGACAUCUUAGACAAGGGGAACAAGAGACCUCGAGCCAAUCAGCGAACUCCAGCGGUUCUCGGAUCUUCCUCGACAUCUUCUUCUGGUACAGUUGGGAAGUCGGCAAGCAUGCAGAGACUCAUAAACUUGGUCACACCCGUAGUCAAUGAAACGGUCACUGAUUUCCAAAGAGAUCGUGUUGCGGAUCGGACGGCAGCAGAGCGAAGGGCGGCAGCUGCACAAUCUCAGCCUUCCACCUCGAGCAACGGGACGCCAUCACUUGUGAAUCCACCGCCAGAAGUUUACCCGAAUUCCAACUCGUCGACUCAUUCUAACAACGUUCUUCCGGCGACAAAUGUCUCGAUUCCAGGAACUAGUACUAGUGGUCAGUAUUUACUUCAAUAUUCGACAGAUUAUAUCUUCUUUUUUUACAGAGCCUGCGACUCAAAAUGGUACGAACUCGAGUUCUCACAUUCCUCGUCUCAACAAUUUGCCUUCCUUUAUGGAACAACUGCUCGAAAGGCAAUGGGAUCAAGGUUCGGGGCUUUUGAUGGCUAAUGCUCACUUUGACGUGGCACAACUUCUGAGUUGUCUGUUUCAAUUAAAAUCUGAAAACUUCCGACUCGAAGAGACUUUGUCGAACCUUCGAAAGCGAAGAGAUCAUUUGUAUACGCUGAACGCGAGACUAGCUGAGGUGAAUACUCUGGAUGUAGGAAAACGGCAACGAGAACUUCUACAGCAACAGCAACAUCAACAACAGAAUGCUGACCUUCCACUCGUUCCAAAGCCGGAGCACCUCAAGCAGGAAUCGUUGGCACCGACUGCUAUGGUCGUGCCAGGCACGCACCAAGUAGUCGGUCAUCCGGUGAUGGUCAACACAUUGUUCGAGGAUGUGAAGCCAGCUAAGGGAACUCCAUCCAACCGAAAGUCGGGUUCUAUUCCUCCGGCCACGCUCCCCGCCCCUGUGGCCAUUUCUUCUGCUGCGGCCCCACUUACCACCACCACCGCUUCGUCUGGGGCUCUUGCCAACGCUGCACUUCAAAACAACAGGUAAUAUCCUAUUUUAAUUAUCUCUAUUCAGUCCCAAAUUUUCAGAGCAACUCCGUCCACCGCUGGCGCUCCGUUGGCUUCUACUCCCGUCAUGACUGCUGUCACUGCGAACGAGAUGGCUAUGAGUCCGGACAGAGUCGCCAAUCAUCUUCAAACCGCUCUCAGCAUGUACCGCACUCUUCCAAUGGUAAAUCAUCAUUCUUAUUAAUAAAAGUCUUGAGCAGUGGUUUGUCCGCACAUGUUUUCAUUUCUAAAACGUUGUGACGGAGAAAUCAAGACAUGAGCACGUGAACUUUCGAACAGUUAUGAGAAACAAAAAAGCGGCGAAUCCGCUUCCAAGCAUUAGCUCGGACCGCGCAGCGUGCCCAGGUUGGAAGCCUUGUAAAUCAUAAGAAUUGAGCAUUAAACGAAGUGUUGUUUUAGGGAUUCCAACUGCAAGAUCCAACCGUGGCCGCUCAACUCUCGAUGCUGAGCCAGUUUCCGAAUCAGAUGAACAAUGCGCUCUUCUCUCGCCUCCUGACCCAGCCUCAGAUAGCUGCCGCGGUCAACAUAAUCAACAACAGCGGUCUCAAUCAACCACCAACCUCCCAGUCUCUUGCUGCUCUUCCACCCACUUCGGCCACUCCGAAUGGAAAGUAA